GCGGAGAGAAGACGCAAAUAAAUAGAAUGGCAAAUUGCAUUGAUGAAUUGCAUGAAUUAAUAUCGUUCCUGUAAAACUUACCCCACGCUUUGACCACUAGGAGGUUAUAUUAAGCGACUUUUCUUCUCGUUGAACCACAAUAUAAAACACUAAAGAUAAAAUGCGUUCAUCAGUUUUUGCACUUGCCGCACUCGCAGCACCAGCGUUCGCAGAUCUCUCACUCACCCACCCAACCUCUAAUGACAAAGUAAAGGCUGGUGAAGAAUACACCGUUGAGUGGAUUGAAACAGGUGACAACAAGACAUUGCCAGAGAUUGGUGAAUCAACAGUAUUCCUUUACGCAGGAAAGGACUCAGAAUCAAUGAUUCCACUAACUCAACUUGGUGAAGUUAAUGCACCAGAUAUGAAAUUCAACACAACAAUCGAUCCAGAGCUCGGUCAAGAUGGUAAAUACUACUCACUUCGUAUUGUCUCAAACGGACUCAAGUCAGACAAGGAAGAGGAGAAGAAGUACGAUUUACCAUACAUCGCUUACUCUGAUAUCUUCGAGAUUACCGACAUGACUGGUACUUUCAAUGAAACCCUUCAAGAUGCAACAGAUGCUAAGCCAACAUCGACAAGCUCAGAAUCAACUGAACCAACUGGUGAUGCCAACAGCAAUAGCGACAGCGAUGAUGAUGAUUCAUCCGCUGCAAGAAACACAGCCUUUGCUGCUAUGGGCGCUACAAUUCUUGGAGCAUCAAUUUACUUACUCUAAUGAUAGAGCGUUGGAGGAUAAAGGAGGAUACUGUCUAUAAAAAAUUACUUUGAUUUUAAUAUUUUCUAACUUCAUGGAUAUAAUAAUUGUACUUU